GGCAGCUGGCAAGAGACCAAGCUUCCCUCCCCUCCCCUCCUCUCCCCCACUCCUGCCGCCUCCUCUUCGCCUGCCCUCCCAUCGCUACCUCCAGCCUCCCCUAACGCAGCCAUGAAGGAGAGUUGAGCUCUGCCACCUUCAGUUGCUUUUUGCAGCGCAGGAAGUUGGCACCGGGCAGCUCUUGCUGCUAAGGGGAUUCCGGGGGACUGAAAAGAGGCAAAGGCAAAGGGAGGGAAUCCAGAGGGAGAGUUUUUCUUGUGGGAAGUAGGAGGCUGUCUGACUCCCGGACUUCGUGAUGGACCCCAAGGAGCGGAAGAAAAUCCAGUUUUCUGUACCCGCGCCGCCCAGCCAGCUGGAUCCCCGUGCAGUGGAAAUGAUCCGUCGUCGGAGACCAACCCCAGCUUUGCUUUUCCAGCUUUCAGAAACUUCCUCCCCCGAUGAAGCAUCCCCAUAUCAGAGAACUCUGGGUGAAGGAUACCACCUUAAAAACAAAAGGAAUGCCCCCUGUGUCUACACACCCCCUUCUCUUAAAGCUGUGCAACGCCUCGCACAAAGCCAUAUGGAAUCCAACAGUUCCUGGAUGGAUGAAGACUAUGCUGAAGAUGUUGAGGAAGAGGAAGAAGAGGAAGAGGAGGAGGAGGAAGAAGAAGCUCAGGAUUCAGAUGACACUGUGAGGGAGAUGACUGGCUUGUAUAAACCAGGAGAAUCCCAGGGGCAGGGACCAGCUUCCAAGGGAAGACUGCUAAGACAGUGCACUGUCUUGGAAAAUAAGCCCAAGGAAUCUGAGCAUCCAGUCUGCCCAUCUCUCUCCAAAUCCCAGAAACGGAAAGGUGGGCAGAAAGUAUCCUUUGCAGGAUCUGUUGAGGAAGUGCCUACUGGAUCAGAGAAGUCAGAAGAGGGUGAUGUCCCAGAAGAGGAGAAAAAUGUAAAACAGGAAGAGGGAGAGGGAGAUCCGCCAUUAACAGAUCAUGACAUGGAACAGAGUCAGUCUGACUGGAAAGAGAGACCUCCCUGUGCUGUUAAACUGGAAAACCGUUCUUCUCCACCCCCAAUCCACACCACAACCUAGCAUUGGAAGUGAAGGAUAGUUUUGGGAGAUAUCCUGUUGAUGGCAAUCUCUCAUUUUUCACAAGACCAAUUGGAUUACUUCCUUUAACAACUAUUUUCCCUCUUAUUCUCUUUUCUGUUCUGAAUUUGUAUCUUAUUUGGCAGUGUUUGGUUAUGUUCAGUGAAUUAUUCAAUAGAAGGGGUGAAGGGAAGGAAGGUGAAUAUAAAGCUGCCUAGAAAUAAACCUUCAUGUUCAAAGGCAAGAUACAGUAUCUCUGAUGGCUUGUUGUUCUGGACAUGUGGCAGGAUGGCUAUUUUUAUUGUGCCUUGCCAGUAGAUUUCACUGCAAGGGGAGGAAGGAGGCCAUCUCCACACUCAUUGUUUGACCUUCAACCCUUAACUAGAUGCUCAUUUGGUUGGAUCUAGCAUGAUCAUUCUUGGGUUUUUUUUUUUUUAAUGUUUCUGCUUACCCAUCCAGACCUGAUAAUUAUAUGACCAUGGUUUGCAAUAUUAAUAAUUAUCUAAGGAAAUCAGAUUGUUGAAGUGCUUCCAGACAAAUAGAGCCUUGUUCUAGUAAUAAAAAAGUAUUAUAUAACUAUGUUAUUUUUCAUUAUUAAAAAAUGGAAACUAUUGUGUGUUGGUGGGAGGGAGAAACAGAAGAGAUAUUUAUGCAGUAACUGGAAGCAAUGUCCUAUGUAAACCAUGUAAAAUUUCAUCAAAGAGGUUGAUUGCACAAUAAAUUCCUUGUCUGGCAGCACUUCUUCUCUGAAGAUAUUGCCAUUUGAUUUCUAAAAACAAAAUGUGAUUUCAGCAACUAGAAUUUUUAGCUGGGUUCAGCUGAAUUAGCUAAACAAAGAUCUUUUACUCUAUCUCCCACAUCCAUUGUUCUAUUCAAUGCUCAGAAAGCCAUAAUUCAAGAUCCAAUCACGAAUCAUGAAUAGUUGAAUCUUCCUUCUUCCUUCCUUCUUUCCUUUCUCCCACACCUUUCUCCCUGUGUAUUGGGCAAUGCCAUUCCAUGUUUCUCUGCUCUAUUAAAGCUUUGUAAAUAAAUACCGUAUUUAAAGAGUAUUUUAUGGAGGGAAGCACCAACAACAAAAGUUUAAACCAGUUCUUCCUUAGUGCAUUAGCCAGGAUCUUCAGAAGGAAAAGUUUCACAGUUUUGCGGAGUUGACUUUCUGCAGACAAUCACUAUAUACAUAAACCAAAGUUCAUUGGCAGUAGGAAUGUUAAAAAAUUAGGACAAAUUUGGGAGGGUGGAAAGGAUGGAUCCGUUAUGAUUCCUCCAAUGUUUAUCUCUAGGAAAACCUUAGUUUUGACGUCCAAAAACAACCCAAGCAAACCAGUAAUCAAAUAUUCAAGACUGCGUUUUGAAGAAAUCAAGAAAUCAGCAAAUGUUUGCUUACUUAUAUGUUCAUUUAUGUAUUACUUCAACUUCUAUACUGCUUCAAUCUUCAUGACUUUAAUCUGCAGUUAGUAUAGCUAUUACAGUCUACCUCUCCUCUUUGUAGGACAUUUUUGAAUAGUUUAAGAUCUAUUUCUUUUGUUGUUGUUGCUGUUGUUGAUCAGUCGCUAAGUCAUGUCCAACUCUUUGUGACCACAUGGACCCCAGUAUGCAAGAACCCCAUCCUCCACUAUCUCCCUGAGCCUAUUCAAACUCAUGCCUACUGUGUCAGUGACACUAUCUAACUAUCUCAUCCUCUGCUAUCCCCUUCUCCUUUUGCUUUCCAUUUUUCCCAAUAGUCCUUUCAAUGAGUCCUCGAUUCUCAUUAGCUGGCCAAAGUAUUUGCACUUCAGCUUCAGUAUCUGUCCUUUCACACAAUAGUCAGGACUGGUUUCUUUUAGGAUUGACUGAUUUGAUCUCCUUGGGAUCUAAGGGAUUCUCAAGAGUCUUCCCCCAUACCACACUUUGAAAGCAUCAAUUCUUCAGUGCUCAGCCUUCCUUAUGCUACAAAUCUCACAGCCAUACAUUGCAACUUGGAAAACCAUAAUUUGACUAUACAGACCUUUGUUAGCAAGGUGAUGUCUCUGCUUUUUAAUAUGCUAUCUAGGUUUGCCAUAACAUUCUUCUCAAGGAGUAAGCAUCUUUUAAUUUCAUGGUUGCAGUUGCUCUCUGAAGUGAUUUUGAAACCCAAGAAAAUAAAACCUAUCACUCCUUCUAUUUGCCAGGAAGUGAGGGGACAUGUUGCCAUAAUCUUAGUUUUUUGUAAUGUUACGUUUCAAGCCAACUUUUGCAUUCUCCUCUUUCAAAUUCACCAAGAGGCUCUUUAGUUCUUCUUCACUUUCUGCCAUUAAAGUAGUAUAGCUGAGGUUGUUGGUAUUUUCCCCAGCAUGCUUCUGAUUCAUCAAGCCCAGUAUUUUGCAUGAGGUACUUUGCAUAUAAGUUAAAUGGUGAUAAUAUACAGCCUUGUUGUACCCUUUUGUCCAUUUUGGAACCAAUUAGUUGUUCCAUGUCUGAUUCUAACUGUUGCUUCUUGUUUGUUGUGAUCUUGUUUGUUGCUUUCUCCAUAAUCCAGUGAAUAUUGGCAAUUUGAUCUCUAGUUCCUCAGCCUUUUCGAAACCCAACUUGUACUUCUGAUAGUUCUCGGUUCACAUAUUGCUGAAGCCUAGCUUGUAAGAUUUUGAGCAUAACCUUGCUAGUGUGGGAAAUGAGUGCAAUUGAACAGUGCAAUUGAACAUUCUUUGGCAUUGCCCUUCUUUGGGAUUGGAAUGUAAAUUGACCUUUUCCAAUUUUGUGGCCAUUGAUGAGUUUUCAAAAUUUACUGACAUAUUGAGUACUGCACUUUAACAGCAUUGUUUUUUAGAUUUUUAAAUAGCUCUGCUGGAAUGCCAUCAACUCUGCUAGCUUUGUUAUUGGUAAGAUACAGUUCAGUGCCCUCCAAAUGUGCUGUAUAAUUUCCUGCAGUCAAUAUCUAUAUGGGACAUCAAAUCAGAAAUGUUAAUGAAGCUAUGAGAUAUGUCUAUAGAUCUCAGGGAAGUGGAACAGGUUCUCUGUAAUACUAGCACUGACCUUUGUGCAUCUCCCUCAUGAAAGCAGUCAGAAAGGUGAUGGUAGGCUAAGUUAGAGCUUUGGUGAAUAUUUCUUUGGGAGAGAGGAAGAUAUUACUUGCCUUGAAGGAAGCAACAGUGCACCCAGUGAUGGGUUCCUCCUGGUUUACCCGGUUCGGCUGAGCCAGUAGCGGUGACGAUAUGAUGUCAUCGAACUGGUUCUGCGCCCCCUGCCCCCCCUCCCACCCCCCCGGAUUAUUCUUACUUUUUAUUUGGCCCCACCCCCAAUCUAUUGCUGCCUCCUGAGUCCCAGCUGAUGGCUAGAAGGACAAAACUGUUUAAACUCUUGCCGCCAGGCUUCAAAGGGCCGCCCUAUAACUGAUCAGUAUAUCAGUAUCAAAUGAGUAGACCGGUGCCUGCAAAAAUAAAUGGGCAGACCCAGUGGUGGGAUUCUACUUCGGUAGAACCGGUUGUUAAGUUGUUAAGUAGUUAAGUAGUUAAGCAGUUCGGAGAAAAUCCCCUUUUGUUUUUUUCCACUUUACUGGGUUAAUCCUGUAAGGAUUAAUUACAACAUUUGGUGUUGUUUCCUAGCCUAAUCUUUAUUACAGAAACUGCUUCUGCAGCAGUAUGCCUAGACUUACUGUCACUUCUGGUUCCAAAGGCUAUUUUUUUGCUUGACUUUCUUAAAGGGGAAGGGUUGUUUUAAGCUUUUUACACCACUGUUGGGAAGAAAUACUUCCUUGUUGGAAUUCUUCCAGCCAGGGUGCAAUCAUCAGCACUUUGAAGAAAUAAUUGAAUCCUUUUGUGCAUCUGGACUACUCAGAGGGCUGAAAAAGUUAUUUUUGACUGGUCCUCGCACUUUUGACCAGUCCUCAAACUCACGACUGUCCUCACAUUUUACGUUUUUCGCCCUACCUUGUCACCAUGGUGAAGAGAAGCAGUUGUGAAAUGAGUGACAUGGUUGUUAAGAAUGCUGCAUGGGCAUAAAUGUGAGGAUGUUCAUAAGUGUGAGGACCAGUCAAAAGUGCGAGGACCUGUCAGAAAUGACUUUUUUCAGCCCUCUGAGUAGUCCCUUUACACAUAGCCAUGGCCACCCGGUAACAUGACCAGCUAGCCACGCCAACCCAGUCACAUGACCUCCAAGCCACGCCCACAAAAUAAGCCAUGCCCACAGAACCGAUAGUAAAAAAAAAAUAGAACCCACCCGAGUGCACCCAUCCUUAAGAAGCAAUCCUUUUAUUUCAAAGGUUUUUUUUUUCAAGAGGCAACUAGACCUUUCUUAUUUUUCUUUGCAAAUGGAUGUGGAGCUUUCUUGGAACUGUUGAAAGGUCUGUGUUGUAGUUUCUUAGGACUGCUGAAAGGACUAUGUUGGCUCCACACCUAUUUGCACUACUCAGGUGACCCUGAGAACACAAAUAAAUCUCCCAAUGGUCUCAAUGACUCUCUAAAAGAGUGCAAAUGGCCAGCUGUCUGCAAGGAAUAUAAAUCCUUUUAUUCCCCAACAUUCAGUCAGAGCUGAAGAAGCUUCUUGGAUGAGAAGUGAAACAUCUUAAAAGAAAAACAAGAAAGUCCAGUUGCCUCUUGAAAAAAAGCACCUUUUGGGGCAACCAUGACUAAGAAUCUCCAUAGACUCAGCUUUAUGGGGUAAUUAACAUGCUGCCUCCAAUUUUCUCUUUCUUGGAAAGAUGAUUGUGAAGGUGAUGAACCAGUAGUUACAGAGAGCUAUGGAUGAAACAGAUUAUUUGGAUGCUUUUAAUUAGGAUUCAGGCUGGGGUGAAGAUUGUUGUGGAUCGCCUUUGUGGGACUGUAAACAGUAGUGCCACUUUCCUUGGCUAACCUCCAUGAAUCUUGAUACCAUCAACUAUGGUAUACUGCUGAACUGAGAAUUUGAGAAUUGAAGAUUGGUAGCCUUCAGGUUUUAGAGUAAGCCCAUCUUUGACUCAAAAUGGGACUUUGCACACCUAUAAGGAAUAGGCAAAUAACCUGAAAGUAUUUCUGAACUCCUGCUGGAAAUGAAGAUGAAAGUAAUGGUCAGGUUCAACUUAUGCUCCACUUGUGUCACUCGUGUGCUUGUCACUUCACAUCGUCAUUGCAGUCCCUCUUCUCUGGAAAACUUAGCUCUAGAAAGAGGGAAAGGUCCACUGUCUGUUAGAAUUUUAGGGAGCUACUAAAUUCUGGCUCUUCCAGAGGGUUUGGGGUAUGAGAGUAUUAUUCUAAGAUUGAGAAGGAAGCACCUGAAAGAUAGAUGGGAAAAGUUAUAAUUGUGAUACUUAUAUACAAUUGAUUUUGUGGUGGUUUGAUUAUUAAGUAUUAUUUUAUUAUUUUUAAACUAAAUUAACUUUAAGAAUUUGCUACCCUUCAGUGUCUGGAUUGAAGCACAUAAAAGCCUAAUAAAUAAUUUAAAUAAAUGUAGGUUGCUUCCACCCUUUUCUAACUAUAUGUUUUGUGAUAUAUAUUUCUAAUCUUAUAUAUUUCCAACUCUUUAUUUCCCUCAAUCAUGUCUAGUGUGUUUGAAAAUUAGGUUUCAUAGCUUUUCUUGCAUGAAUGGAUCAAAAUUAUGAGUAGGUGACUGUUUUCAGUCUAUUAAAUGUGUACAAAUGAUUUCCUAAAACAGAAAAAGUCAUAGAUGAAAAUUCAUAUUUUCAGAAUUCUUGAAGCAAAACAUUGCACUGUAUUUAACCAAACCAAUUGCUUAUUUGAUUUGUACCACACCAACUAAGCUAUGAAACAUUUAUUCACAUUUCUUUAAACUAACAUCCUUGUUUCCUUCCACUCAAGUUACUGGUUUUGUAGGACUGUGGGCUUAUACAAAAUUUGGGAAUUCUCUAUCUAAUCAUCCUCGUCACUCCUUGACUCUCCCCUCAGUUCACAGGAAAAAUCUGAUCUCUUCAGAGAGGUAUCUUUGUGUAACUACAGAACUGUCGUCUUAAAGCCAGGUCCCAGAUGGGACCAUGUCUACAGCAAGAAACAUUCUUGUUGCCAGAAAACAACUUACAACCAGCCAAUUGGCCUUCUACAAGGAAAUAAGUAAAACCAGCUGGCUCUUGGCACCCUCCCCAUUUGAGGAUACAAUACAAUGGCUGUUUUCAGGCAUUCUCACUGCUUCAGCCGUUUUUCUUAACCAAGCCCUUUCUAUCCAGGAGAGCUGUGCACCUCAUUGUGGCUCAUCCUCAAGUAGUCUGUUGUGCGAUAGGAUACAAUGGCAAGAUUUUGAGGAUAGAAUGUUAUCCAGAUGUUGGAAUUUCAUCAACACCAUGAUGAUUACACUAUUAGAGCCCAAGAUCGAUCCAAUUUCUACUGACCAUGUUCAGUUGCAUUAUAUAUGCUCCUUCCCCCACUCCAGUUGUUGAGCAUUAUCCUCUAAGGCCAUUUUGUGUUGCUGGGCUAGGAAGAUACGUGGCUCCUACAUGUCAUUGCCCACAUGUUUCUAGGUUGGAGUUUAAUCAGAGGCCUUACAGGUAAUCCUUGAUUUACGACCAUGAUUGACCCCAGAAUUUAUGUUGCUCGGUGAGAAAUUUGUUAAGUGAGUUUUGCCCUAUUUUAAGACUUUUCUUGCCACAUAUGUUAAGUGAAUCACUGCAGUUGUUAAAUUAAUACACAGUUGUAAAGUGAAUCUGGCUCCCCCAUUGGCUUUGCUUUCAGACAUUCACAAAAGACAAUCACACGACCCUGGGAUACUGGAGUCAUUAUAAAUAUGAACCAGUUGUUAAGCAUCUGAAUGUAAAUCACAUGACCAUGGAAAUGCUGCAAAGGUUGUGUGAAAAAUGGACAUAAGUCACUUUUUAGGGCCAUUGUAACUUUGAACAGUCACUAAAUGAACCGUAAGUCAAGAACUACCUGUAUUAACUUCUAUUUGCUAUUCUUCAAAAAUGAUUGAUGCUAGACCUCUUUAAAAGUCACGUUCACCAUUUGUGAGAGAGUUCUACAGAAAGCACUAACCUUCUCUUUUUAAAAUAAAAGAUCUUUUUAAAAAAUAGGCCUGGAGGAAGAGCAACGGCAAGAUGAAUACUGAAAGUAAGACUACCAUGAAAAUCAUUCUCUAUCAUUGCUUGCAUUACACACAUUGCAGUAACAGCAGUGCACAUUCCUCUGAAAUGCUAGACCUCACUUUUAUGAGGGGACAGCAAUGAGAUCAUCAUAAUAUCAACAGCAACAUCAUCAUGAAGAUUUCUCUUCACACUGUUCCUGUUGAGUGCACUGUAAUAGGAGCAGUGGUCAACAGCCAUCUGUAAAAAGAACCCAGCACCUGAAGAUGAGAUAAAAGCAUGAUUGAAUGGUUUAUUAUUGCCUCCUCCCUGCAGUAUGAAAUGAUGCCUAUCAUUGUCGUUGAUCAGUUACUUCUAGUAUCUUCUUAUAUGAUUGUUGCUCAAUAUAGUUGCCUGUGUGAUUUAACUGGACUGCUGGAAUAAACAUCAUCCCUCUUGUUGUUAA